CAAAGAAUCAAAGCUAGCACGACUUCUGAAGGGUUCAACCCGACAAAUGAUAGUAAUUAGGCCAAAGUACUGAUUAGUGAUUAACUGGUGUCUAGUGGGCUGAACUCAACCUCGUACCCAGGUUUAUAUUUUACGUUGUACCCAGUCGAUGGGCCAGAGUCCAUUGUCCAUGAAAUAGGUCCAUGAUGGAUUAGACCGUGUCAAUCACAACCCGAUGUACUUCAUGUUCACUGUUGUUAUUCUGGACUUCUCAGAAGUCAGAAUCAUUGCAUAAAAUAUGAAAGAAAUAUUGAAAGAUGGACUGUACAUUGGCAAUAGAGAAGAUGCAUUUACAUGUUUAACUCAGGACACAGACAUAACUCAUAUUCUUACUAUAGAGGCUGAACCACUGGCUAGCACUGAUAAAUAUGACAAGGGCGAUCAAAAUAUUGUCCUAAAACAUAUAAAUUGUCUUGACCAACUUGAGGCUGACCUUCUUAGUAAUCUGGAUGAAUGUAUUGAUUUUAUUCAGGAUGGUUUGAUGAAUGGCACAGUUCUUGUUCAUUGUUCAGCAGGGAUAUCAAGAAGUGCGACAGUAAUUUUGUCCUAUUUAAUGUACAGUCAAAAUAUAUCAUUAAAUCAGGCAUUGCAGGACCUAAAGGCUGUAUAUCCAAAAGCUGAGCCUAAUCCUGGCUUCAUGUUUCAGUUGUAUCAAUUUGAAGCUAUGGGAAAGAAGGUGGAUAAAUCUCAUUCAUUGUACAAACAAUAUAAUCUUCAAAUCAUUGCAAAACAAGCUGAAAAAACAGGUUAUAGAGAAUUUCCAGAGGACAUGUUAAAAGAUAGAGUUGCAGAUGAAACAGUGGCUUUAAAACAGAAUAACUACAAAUGCAAAAAGUGCAGACAGAAGUUGUUUUGCAGUGAAAACUGUCUGGGACAUGUACCUGGUUCAGGUGAAGAAUUUAUGUCUUGGAGAGAGAAGUCAUCAACGGAGGAAAAGACGAAAUCGAGCCAGUGCACGUCGUAUUUCAUUGAACCUUUACCAUGGAUGACGUCAUUGAUAGUGGGUACAGUUGAAGGAAAGCUUUGCUGUCCCAAAUGCUCUGGAAGAAUAGGAUCAUUUAACUGGGCAGGUGAGCAGUGCUCGUGUGGACGAUGGGUUACACCAGCGUUUCAACUUCAUAAAAGCAGGAUUGAUGAAUGUUGAUCUCAAUUGCGAAGUUGGUA